GGGAGCGGAGGAGAGUAAAUACAACAGGAGCGCAAAAUGGCGGAGCCAGCGAGUCCAGUGCGCGGCACCGCGGCUGCCUCCACUGCCGCCGUCUCGGAGAAAGAACCGUUUGGCAAGCUGCACUCCCUCUCCGGGGAUCCACCGGGCUCUCUGUCCGCCAAAAAGGUCCGGACUGAGGAGAAAAAGGCACCGCGGAGAGUGAACGGAGAAGGGGGCAGCGGUGGGAACAGCAGGCAGCUGCAGCCGCCGCCGGCAGCGGUACCUUCGCCUCAGAGCUAUGGGAGCCCCGCGUCUUGGAGCUUCACCGCUCUGUCGGCUGCUCCUUCCCCGUCUUCCUCUUCUCGGAGCAGUUUCUCUUUCUCUGUUGGCUCGGCCGCCCCUUCCUCAGCCUCCGCUUCCUCGUCUCAGCCGCUGCCGCGCAAACUCCUGGUCCCUCCUACAUUGCUGCACGCUCAGCCUCACCAUCUCCUGCUGCCGGCCGCCGCCUCCUCGGCCAACGCCAAGCCACGCAGACCCAAGGAGAAGCGGGAGAAGGAGAGGCGGAGGCACGGCCUCGGCGGGGCGGCCGAGGCCGUCGGGGCCGCCCGGGAGGAAAAUGGGGAGGUGAAGCCGCUGCAGCGAGAUAAAAUCAAAGACAAAAUCAAAGAGAGAGACAAAGAAAAAGAGAGAGAAAAGAAGAAGCAUAAAGUAAUGAAUGAGAUCAAGAAAGAGAAUGGAGAAGUAAAGAUUUUGCUGAAAGGUGGGAAGGAGAAACCAAAAACAAAUAUAGAAGACUUGCAAAUUAAAAAGGUAAAGAAGAAAAAGAAAAAGAAACACAAAGAGAAUGAAAAACGGAAGCAUCCAAAAAUGUAUAGCAAAUCCAUUCAGACCAUCUGCUCAGGAUUGCUGUCUGAUGUUGAAGAUCAAGAAGCCAAAGGGAUCCUAAAUGAUAACAUAAAGGAUUACAUCGGAAAGAGUUUGGAUACCAAGACUUAUGAUUCCAAAAUUCCAGAGAACAGUGAGUUUCCAUUUGUCUCAUUAAAGGAGCCACGGGUUCAGAAUAACCUCAAAAGGUUGGACACUUUGGAGUUCAAACAUCUCAUUCAUAUUGAGCACCAGCCUAAUGGAGGUGCAUCAGUUAUCCAUGCCUACAGUAAUGAACUCUCCCACUUGUCUCCUGUGGAGAUGGCGAGGUUUGCAGAAGAGUUUGUGGGACUGGUGUUCAGUGAAAAUGAAAACUCUGCAGCUUUCUAUGUAAUGGGUAUUGUUCAUGGGGCAGCUACUUAUUUACCUGACUUUUUAGACUACUUUUCAUUUAAUUUUCCCAAUUCACCAGUGAAAAUGGAGAUAUUGGGAAAGAAAGAUAUAGAGACAACGACUAUGUCCAAUUUUCAUGCUCAGGUAAAAAGAACAUAUUCUCAUGGUACUUACAGAGCUGGCCCAAUGCGACAAAUCAGCUUGGUGGGAGCAGUUGACGAAGAAGUGGGAGAUUACUUCCCUGAGUUCCUUGACAUGUUGGAAGAUUCACCGUUUUUAAAAUGUACACUGCCAUGGGGGACACUAUCUAGCCUGAAAUUAGAGAGUCGAAAAGACAGUGAUGAUGGUCCCAUCAUGUGGGUACGUCCAGGAGAACAAAUGAUCCCUGUGGCUGAUAUGCCAAAGUCACCUUUCAAAAGGAAGAGAACUACCAAUGAAAUAAAAAACCUGCAGUACCUACCUCGAACCAGUGAGCCCCGUGAGAUGCUCUUUGAAGACAGGACGAGAGCCCAUGCAGAUCAUAUAGGACAAGGUUUUGAACGACAGACUACAGCUGCUGUUGGAGUGCUGAAGGCUGUUCACUGUGGAGAGUGGCCUGAUCAACCCCGAAUAACCAAAGAUGUAAUUUGUUUUCAUGCUGAAGAUUUCUUAGAAGUAGUUCAACGAAUGCAGUUAGAUUUACAUGAACCUCCACUGUCCCAGUGUGUCCAAUGGGUUGAUGAUGCAAAACUCAAUCAAUUGAGGAGGGAAGGCAUCCGCUAUGCCAGGAUUCAGCUGUAUGAUAAUGACAUGUAUUUUAUUCCAAGGAAUGUUGUACAUCAGUUCAAGACAGUUUCAGCUGUAUGCAGUUUAGCAUGGCAUGUUCGUCUUAAGUUAUAUCACUCAGAGGACGACUCUUCUCAGAAUACAGCUAUUCAAGAAACAAGCACAUCAUCAGAUGCUACAUCAUCAGUUCUUGGAACUCACACUGACAAUAUGAUUUGUGCUAUGAGCAAAACCUCCUUGGAUUCUUUUUCAGACAAACUUCAUCCUAAAUAUGAAUUACAGAGAAUUAAACAUGAACCUAUUGCAUCUGUAAGAAUCAAGGAAGAACCAGUGAAUGUUAAUAUUUCUGAAAAGACUAGAGCAUCUAAUAAUACAGAUAGCAAGAAUGUUAAAGCAAAAUUUGAUCAUGUUCAUUUUACACAAUUUAAGACUGACGUGGACUCUAAAUUUGAAAAUAGCAACAAAGAUUUAAAGGAAGAAUUGUGCGCUGGAAGUCUUAUAAGUCUAGUUGAUACACGGCAACAUAGUUCAACACAUUCAAAUCAAGAUAGAAAAGAUGAUGACAUUUUGUGCUAAAUUUGUACAUACCACUUAAGUUUUUUUUUUUUAAAUUUAAUAAUGUAAUAAAGAUUCAUGAAUUCUGAAAGCAAGCCAAGGACUUGCUCCCAAGUCUGUUAAAAAAAAUUAGUUUGUGUAGCUUUGUAACAUUCCUCAGUGCCUGUCCAUAACUGUGAAGUAUCAAAGCACUUAGGGCUAGAUGCACUGUAAACAUUGCAGGUUUAAACAUAAAUAGUCUUUAGGUCAUUUGAGUUGUAGGUUUUAGAAUAGAGCUGACAGUAACAUAUAUAUAUAUACACACACACACACACAUAUAUAUUUUGUAAUAUGAGCCAGAAUUCUUUGACAAUUUAAGGCUUUUCCAUAGAACUUAUUUAUACCAAUUUUUUUUUUUUUUUUUAAUUUUAAAUGUGUCAGCACUGUAGUGUAAAUAGCUUUUUAAAAAAAUUUUUUAGUGUGAUUUAUACUGAAAUGUGAGCCACUUAAUAAAGGUUCGUAACAAAUAUGUUUUCUGUUGGGUCUGCAAAAAGACAAACUGACAAUUCAGUUAAAUCAUUUAUUUGAUAUAUUUUGUUUAUCUCUGCUGGUGUAUCCAUUUAGAAUGGUAAUGAAGUGCAAAUGUAAGUAUUCAAAUCUAGUGAAUAUUUAAAUUUCCCACACUGUGCAAGUGUUUUUAAAAACCAAGAUUCAGUUAUGAAAGCAUAUAUAUGUGUGCGUGUGUAUGUAUGGGAAUGUAUAUAUCAUAUUUUGCCUAAUUUCUUAAGUUACUGAAUAAGAUGAAUAUGUGAAACUUCUUAGCCCUAUUCCCUGGAAUACAUUUUAAAAUAUUUAUGUUCAACAUCAAGAAAGCAGUUUAGGUAAUAGAAACAAUUUAGAAGGGAGAAACAAGGUCUGUUACUGAUAUCUAACCCUUCUAACUAAUGAAGUUGUGUGGCCAGAUUACAUAGCCCUAAAAUAAUUUUUCUUUAUAGUGAAUAGAAUGAUAAAAACUAGAGAGAUUUUCUUAACUGAUGAGUACUUGUAUUGCACUUAAUUAUAGCAGAGUAAAAGUCUUUAGUUACAGAAAGUUUAAUUGGGAGUGAUCAAGAUCUUCUUUUACAUUUUCAUGCAAAAUGGGAGGAAAAUUUGGCAAAUACAGAGUUGUAAAAUAAGGCAAUAACUCAACAGCCACAUAUAGAGAUAAAAGUGACAAAAUGAGAUGUGGUACCUCAUCUUUCUCAGGAUAUCCCCCCUCCCUGCCCCCCCAGGAAAGCAAACAGCUUGUAGUACUUCCUUUUCAAAAGAAGCUCUAGAAUAUAAAAUUGAGGCAGGAAAUGGGAUUGCUAGUGCCUAGCUAAAGAUAAUGAGUGAAACAAAUCUCCAUAAUGAUGAACUUUAUCAUUAAUUUAGACUUCUUCCACUACUGUAAUUAAAAGGCAAACAAAUGUCUUUGAUGUAUGCUUUAAUGCAAGGAGCUCCACACAUUGCAAAUCUAUUUUGUCUGUCUUUGGUGUUAUUCUGGGUUCAUACUUUGGUUGAUCACUUUCAUCUGGGGUUCUUUGUGCUGCCUUUUGGGCUAUUGUUGCUAUUCCCAUUUCAGUGGUCUCUGCUCUAGCCUCAUUUGUAGUACCCAUCAAAAUUACUUGUUUCUGGUUAGGGAGAAAGUCACUUAGAGAAAGGUUUUUCACCAGAACAAAAAAAUGAACUGUAGCAAUGAUGACAGUUCUGAGCCCCCAGAUUAAUAAAAGGGUAGGCAAAUAUUGUAGGAAAUCUGGAUGCUUUGUAGGAAAUCAAUGUAAUUUCAACAUAGGAAGUUUCAUGGGAUAGGAAAGGGAUAAAUCAUGAUAAUGUAAAUAGGGGUUUAUUUUCUUUCAUAUGUCACUGUCUUAUCCUCCCCACCUCUUUAAUCUUCUAUUUGUUAGCUAAAUUUAUAGAUAUGUACCUACCUUUUUGGGAGACAAAAGUUUAUAACAAAUCAGUAUUGGGAAGUAGGAGAGAAUGUGGUUAAAAUGUUUUUCUGUUUUUGUUUUGUUUUUUUUAAUUGAAGGGUGACAUAUUUAGGUUUGUUUUUAUUUUUAAUUUUCCAGUAGCAUAUACACAGAUGCAUGAGAUCAUACUAUAAUGUCUUAAGGUACCCCUCCAAAAUAUGUGAGCCUUAAACUUAAAGGAAAGCGUAUCUAAAACAAUCAGAGUGGUUGCUUUUAGGUAUAGCUUCGUAUAUAAUCUGUAGUUAAACUUCUCCACAGUUUGAAAUUUUUUUUUGUAAAAGGCAUGCAUCUCUGUGGAGGUGAACUAUGAAAUCGUGGGCUCAGAUUUUGAGAUACAGCCUGGUUAUCACCUUGAAUGCUUAUUUUCCUUGUUUUACGGGUUACAAUUUUAAAAUCCUCAUCUGUGUAAUCUGAGAACUUGUUGACUACCUUUGUUACAUACAAAUAAUUUCUAUUUUAAUAUUGCGUUAUAUUAAUGGUUUCCUAGUUAGUACAUUCCAGUUCUUUAUCUGAACACAGCAGAUUUUUUGCUUUUGUUUUCAAUUUCUUGGAC